ACGUUGCUCCCUGAAGCCAAUCGCGCAGGACGAAGAACUGCUUGUGUGGUACAAUGGAGAAGACAACCCAGAGAUAGCAGCUGCAUAAGAGGAAGAAAAGGAGCCACAACUUUCACAAGAAAAAUUCACCAAGAGCAAAGCGAGCAAGAACAAAGCUAUUGGAAAAAGCCAGACAGGCUGGUUUGGGAAGAUUAUCUUUGCAUCAGCCAUUGAGCACAAGAAGACCUAUAUUCACAGAGAUGCGUGAUUCAGAUAAAGGAAUAAAUACAGAGGAAGAGAGACCCUCUGUGUCUUCAGAUCCAGCUCAGGAGACUGUAGCUUCACGUAUAUCCCCCACAGAGACCAGGGACAUUUCUCUGUCUCCUGUUCAUACGGCAGUGUUGGAGCAGGAGGAGAGUGAGAAGUCAGAUCAAGGAGAACUGCAGCCACUUGGGAGCCUUGGGUAUUCUGCUGAGUCACAGUCAGGAAAUAGGAGUGAACAGCCUGACCCAAAAUCAUGUUUUGGCCACCCUAUCAAGGAGAGUUCUGAGAGUCCAUUGCAUGAAGUAGCAUCUGUGUCAUCUUUAGUAUCUCCAAAGCUGGAUGCAGAGGGGGAUCCUGACAUUGAGGAUGAUGCGCGAGGUGGCAACUACCAUUGUCAGUACUGUGAAUGUCAGUUCUCCACCAAAUACAGCCUGGAGCAUCACAUUAACACUCACACUAUCAGAAACCACCAGACCCUCACCUUUAAAUGCAGAUACUGUGGCAAGUCUUUUGGUUCUCAGGUAGGCAAGCGCCGGCAUGAAAGACGGCAUGAAAAUGGGAAUAAAAGCCUGAAAAGACCUGGGUCUCUUGCAGGAACAGCAUUUCUCCUCAAUCCUUCUGGGUGUAAAGACUCUUCUAUUUCUGGUAGUGUGACAUUUCCAAGCCCCACCAUUAUUAGUUCUCAAAACAGUCCACCUCACCUAAGCUCAGAUGCUUCAACUAAAGAUGCUGGAGUUGAGCCAGACCAGUCUCUUGUUUUAGAAGAGAACGGGGAAUCAAAAGAACUGCACCCUUGUAAAUAUUGCAACAAGGCUUUUGGCACCCACACCAACAUGCGCAGGCAUCAGCGGAGAAUUCAUGAACGUCAUCUCAUGCCAAAAGGAGUCCGGAGGAAAGGAAUACUCCUACAGGAUAUUCCAUCCCAGCAGCUACAACAUGGUCAGAGCUCAAUACUCCAGGAGGCAUCUCCACAUAAUAGCCCUCCACUAAUCUAUGUGCCUAGUGUAGACACAGAUGAUGAGGGAGAGCGAGAGGACAGUAUGGUUGAUGUUUCCAAAAACAUCUCAGAGAAUCUCAGCCUUUACAUUGAUGGGAAGAUCCUAUCUACAAGCACAGUCAGCAGCUGUGAAGUCAUAGAGGUUGAUUCAAGUAGUUCAGCAUUAUUUGGUCUUGAUGCAGUCAUCUUGAAUCCUACUCAAAUAAGUCAAGCUCUCCAACUUGAAACACAGCCUUGCCAUGUAAAAGAGCUUUCGGUUAUUGAUCAGUCUGUUCCUAAAAGAAGAACUUCUACACCACCACUCCUUCCCAUUGUGAAAACAGAACCUGAUACCAUGUCAUCUACUGCAUCUUCAUCUUCUACUUCCUCACAGUCACCUUCUUUGGGAGGUAACAUCUUCCCACAGCCCACAGAGACAUUGGCCAUUCAGAAAGAGAAAACAAUUUAUCUUUCUCCCAAAUUAAAACAGCUUCUGCAGACCCAGGACAGUCAGAAACCGACCCUUGCUUUAAUUACAGAUAGCCAUAAAUUGACUACUCCACUUUCCGUAUCCUCUUUGCCUGCUGCUCAAGGAAGAUUUAAAAGAAGGACUGCUUCUCCUCCUACACAUGUACAGAACAGCUCAUCAGCAAUCAUGGAUAGCUCAAUCAUUGAAACAGGCGAUUCCUUUGCCCUUAUGGUGCCAAAGGUUGAAAGCCAUUGCACAAGCUAUUCCUGGAGUGUAUCCAGCAAAGAGCAGAGGGACUGCAUGAGUCCGUCUGAAAAGGACUGGCCAGUCUUGGUAAGCGGAGGUAGUUCUUGCAAUCAGCAGCCUCUCGACCUUUCUGGUACUGUUGGUAAACUAGUUAGCAGCAUAAGCAAAGGACCUAGUGAGUCUGUGCUGGAUUUAAGCAUCCACCAUAAGAGCGUGCCUGACCACAAAACAAAAGCAAGCAUAUUGUUACAGUCACAUGUCAAACGAAAGAAGCCCAAUACCAGUAUGUUGGAGAAAGUAUUAAUGAAUGAAUACUCUGGCUUAAGCUCAGCUGGAGAGGAGGGCUCACCUUUUCUUGGAAGCCCAGACACUCACUUGUCCUCAGGCAGCGCUACAGGCGUGUCUCCAUCCAGUGUGUGUUCAAACUCAGAACACCCACCUUGUGAAUCUGUCUCUCCACCCUCCCUGACCCCUGUGACUAUGAACCCUUCUUCCCCAUCAUCCUCUAGCCAGGCAUCCUCUACACCCCCACCUCCAGUUCUGCCUACAGUCCCUUCACCUCCACUUCUUUCUCAGUUUUCAGAUACUGCUUUUCCCAAACUGUCUCCCAAACCUGUUUAUCAUAUGGUAGAUGAAAUGUCAGGAUUCCCUAAUGUAAAAGAAACAUGCCUUGAUAUGAAAAGUCUGGAUGAUGAUAAAGACUUAAACCAAACUGCUAAGCAGUUAUCUCCUACAACUGAUGCACUGCCUCAAAGUCCUGAGAACACAAUAAGUCAUUGUAAUGCAGAUCCCUGUCCCAAAACUGAAACACUACUUAAGGGCUCAAUCUCAGAUCCUGACUUAAAUUUGCUAAAAAAUGCAAACAAUGUUAUUUCUUUGCAUAAAAAGAAUAUUGACUCCAAAGCCAUUGAGUGUACUUCCUUUGAUGGACCUUCCCAUCAAGACCACAAUAUUGCAACUGGUGUGUGUCAAAAUCUACAAUCCUCUUACUUUCCUGUGCACUUAGCUCCAAAUCUGGACUCACUUUCAUCGUCUCUCAAUGUAGUGGCAAAUUCUAAUGUAGAACCUUUAGCUGAUGAUGCACUAGUUACUGAUAAGCAUAUGAAUGAAGAUACAAUUGAAAGCACAACCACUGAUGAUGGAGUUUCCAGAAUACCAAAAAAUAUACCAGAUGGAGCAGACACCUUAGAACAGGACAUGUUUACAAAAAAUUUUGUAUGUAAUGUCUGUAAGGAACCGUUUCACUCUAUUAAACAACUUGGCAACCAUAUCAUGUAUCACGCUCUAGAAUGGCCUUUUAAGUGUGAGUUUUGUGUGCAGUUAUUUCAAAAUGCUGCAGCUCUUUUGGAGCAUCGUUCCUCUCUCCAUGGAGUUGGGAGAAUUUACUGUUGCACAAUCUGUGCCAAAGAAUUUGCUUUCCUCUGCAACCUCCAGCAGCACCAGAGUGACCUGCAUCCUGGUCAGAGUCAUGCUCACACCAUGGUCGAAAAUGGCAAGCUCAGGGCUCAGAAUUACACAGAUCCUGCUCAGGUGAAUAUGGAGAGAAAUUCUUUACAUUCAAUCCCUGACACAACUGUAGAUGUUGCCCCUCAGGACUCAUGUGAAUUAUUGAACUGUAGUAGUGUUAAAGAAGAGAGUGAUGGAGAUGAACAAGAGGACCCCACAGAAGAGCUGUACACUACAAUAAAGAUUAUGGCCUCUGAAGCUGGAAAACCCAAAUGCCCAGAUGUACGCCUUGGCAUCAAUCAACACUACCCCAGCUUUAGGCCUCCCCCAUUUCCCUACCACAACCGAACACCUGCUGCCACUGUAGCCUCUGCAACUAACUUCACCACCCACAAUAUACCACAGACAUUCAGCACAGCAAUCAGGUGUACCAAAUGUGGCAAUAGCUUUGACAACAUGCCUGAGCUCCACAAACAUAUUUUGGCUUGUGCUAGUGCAAGCGAUAAGAGACGAUACACACCAAAAAAGAACCCUAUUCCUCUCAGGCAGAUAGUGAAUCAGCCUCAGAAUGGUGUUGUCUCACCUAUAGCACCAGCCAUUGGGGGACAGAAUGCCUUACGUAGGAUGGGCCAACCCAAAAGGCUCAACUUCAACCAGGAGGUACCCACCAAGAUGAAGAUGUCUGCCCUGAAUAAGAAGAAAAACCAGCUUGUCCAGAAGGCUAUAUCUCAGAAGAACAAGGCUGCUACUUCUGUAAAGAAAGCCUCCAUUCCGGAGGAAGAGCAAGAGGUGCAAGCAUGUCCGUACUGCAGUCGGGAAUUUACAUAUGCUGCCAGCCUUGCAAAGCACGUUGCAUGCAGUUGUCCUCAGAAACCAGUUGCUACAAAAAAGAAAGGAACCCUAAUGCCUCAGAAUAAAAACAUGAAACUCCGAAGUCGAGCAACAGACUCUGAAAUCAAAGGUAACUUGGGCCUGACUGUGAAGCCAUUAGGGAAAACAAGGACCCGGAGCUCAGAGUUUUUAGAAGGUGAAGUUACAUCAGGUAGCAAUGGUAAACCAGGGAACCCUCAGAUAUAUGUCAAAAGACCAGCCUCAAACAAAGACCUCUCAGACCCCAAGAGCAAGAAAGGCAGAAAGAGUAAGCCUCAACCUUCAGUUCUGACCUCAUCACUGACUCUUGCAUCACAGCCAGUUGCAAAAAUGCAAUGUGGUGGGAAAAAUAUGGCUCUCAAAAAUGAGGCUGAGACAAAACCACAACUACAACCUAAAAAAGAAAAGCGUUUCUUAAAGAGAAUGCGGGAAAGAGUAGGUGGCCCAGUGACACGCAGUCUGCAGAUGGCAAGUGCUGCACCAGCUGAGGAAGUGAAGACUGAGGAUCCACCAUUUAGUGAACCUGUACAUGGAGAACAUAAGGAAUCCUGUUUAAGUUAGCUGAGUGGAUUUUAUAAAGACACCUGAGGAAAGACUGCUGCUGUUGUGCUGGUGAACACAAUGUGAUCAAUUUGGAGUAUUGGACUGAUUAGAUAUUAUAUCUGAGAUCAGGAGCCUUACCUACCAUUGUAUGCUUCUGUUUUGCUGAUAGAAGCAUGCUGUUAAUGCACUUUGGUAAAUGAGCCUAUGUGGAUUUCACCUAUGUGGAUUUCAUGUUUGUAUGUAUGUAUGUAUGUAUGUAUAUAUAUAUGUAUCUCAAAAGUAAUAUUACUUGAUAAAUAAGGGGCCCUGUGGUUCCAUUAAUAAUGAUGGCUGAUUAUAUUGCAAAAAGGCAAUCCUUAAUACAAUUAUCACUUAAUACAACCAUUUGUUACUUCAUACAUUUUUGUCCUUGUGUUCUGUGAGAUUUUAGAAUUCUUAUUGCAUGUUUUGUGUAAACAAUAUAGCUUGAGUGACACUUGUCAAUACUCUAUUGUGUCCUGCUCUACUUUUAUCGCUGCAAAUGGAGAAGAAUAUAUGUGAAUAUUUAAUGUAAUACUCCAUAGGGAAUGCAAUAUUUGUUAAAAUGAAGCUCUCACAUUUUAGAGAGGUGUUUUGUCCUUUUCCUUCUCUCUUUUGUGAACAAAGUAAUGAAACAUGCUGUUUGAUACAGUCAGAAUGAGUGAUAAUGGUAUGAUGUAUGUAUGUUUGUGAUAUUACCUUGCUGAACCAGGCAUUGUGGUUUCGUCUGUACCUUUUAUAAUCUGUAGCAUUUACAGCAGGACUGCUGGCCAUUAAAAUUACACUAAAAUACAAUUGCGCAAAACACUGUUUUAACUGGAAGCAAUCUCCUUACAGUUUUCUCACACAGGAGGACAUUAAAAUAGUGCCAUAAUGGAAUUGUCUGCCAGUUGACUCCUUAUGAUCACUUUCUCCCUUCAUAUGCAUAUCAUUUAAAAUUAUUGAAAUUCUGGGUUGCAAAAUUAGUUUUGAUAGUCUUGGUAUUGCUUCAUCCUAUAGAUUAAAAUAAACCAAUCAAUAACAUUAUA